AUGCCGCGAAACUCAGUUGCAUAUGACCAAGGUGUUAAGAAUUUUAUUGAAUUUGCUUUUCGGCAUGGUUCAAUUAAUGAUAUGAUACUCUGUCCAUGUCCUAUGUGUGGAUUUAGUAAGCGUCUAAAUCGUGACGAGGUAUACGAUCAUCUAAUUUGCAAACAAUUUCCAAAAGGUUAUACAAUUUGGUACCUUCACGGAGAGUCCCAUCCACGAGAAACAACUAAUGCUCCAGCAAACAUCGAAAUUGCUUCACAAAGAAAUGUUGUCGUUCAAGAUCCAAUUAUUGAUAUGGUAAAUGAUGCUUUUGGAGUACAUGAACCUAUUUCUGAGGAAGCCUUUCAAACAGUAGAUGAAGGGGUCAGACAAAUAGAUGAUGACAUACCAAAUGUGAACCAAACUAGGAAUGCAACAGACGAGUUUCAUGAGUUAUCUAAUGAUGAUCAACAACCUCUGUAUGAAGGGUGUGCAAAUUAUUCAAAACUAUCAUUUAUAUUGAAAUUGUACCACAUCAAGUGUCUAUGUGGAAUGAGCGAUAAGGCAAUGACGAUGAUAUUGGAGUUGCUACAUGAUGCAUUUCCGCAUAUAAAAAUUCCAAGCUCUUUCUAUGAUGCGAAGAAAACCAUCACAAAGCUUGGAUUGAACUAUGAAAAAAUACACGCAUGCCCAAAUAAUUGCAUGCUUUAUUGGGGUAAUGAAGAAGAUGAAGAUAGACAAAAUUGCAAGAUUUGUAAUACUUCUAGGUGGAAGGAAAGGAAGGGUGGAUCAGAUUCCUUAUCCAAUGGUAAUAAAGCUAGAAGGAAGAUUCCUGCAAAAGUGGUCAGAUAUUUUCCAUUGAGACCUCGUUUACAAAGGUUGUUUUUGUCUUCAAAGACAGCAAAGGAUAUGAGAUAG